AGGUGCGUUUCAGAAAGGUAGGUCAACUCUUCAAUAUUUUAACCCCCUAUUGUUUCCAGAUUACUUAUGCUUGAGGAUCCAGACUCGUUCAAAGCUAUCAAAUCGCAUCUUAGCAGCAAGACGUUACAGGACAUUGAGGGCUUGGAUCCUUCUCUUUAUGGAUUUGGUCGGGAGGAAUGUUGCGGCUCCAUACCGGAGUCGUUACCUAACAGCAUGAAGAUGGAUAAAGAGCACGUAAUGCUAGCCUCUACCAUGCCCUUUACGCAGUGGAGCAAACUCACCGACAACGUUCCCCACUAUACUGAACUCCACCGGAGUCUUCAAAAGGACAGCCCCAGGGCGUCAUUGACGGUUUGUGAAACCAAUGACGACGAGUGCGUGCUGCGCUUCCGCACCAAUCCGAACACGGGGUGUUUCGAGAUCACGCAGUACAGCAUCUCCGAUCCUGUCAGCACGCCGUGGACGGAAAAGGGGACCCUCCAGGUUGACCGCACCGACGAAUGCUUCAUCUUUGUGUGCUCGCACCUCAGCCGUGAUAAGCGCUGCGGGUACUGUGGGGCAGUUUUAGUGGACCUGCUACGUCAGGCUGUGCUACGGAAGAUGGGCGAGGAUGGGGCAAAGCGAGUCUCCGUGCUCCCAUGCGCACAUAUAGGUGGCCACAUUUACGCAGGCAACGUUAUUCUGUAUCGAAAAAGCGGUGGGGUUGCGUUUGGCCUCUUUAAACCUUCAGAUGUGGACACGCUGGUAGAUGCUGUUGCCUCAGGUACCGAUGAAAUACCCGAGUCCCUACGGCCGCGCAUCCGCGGCCAAUUAUAUAGUAACAUACCCGUAACAAAAGAAAGUAACCAGAAGUGUGCUAUUAUGUGA